UUUAACAUGUUGCAUUUUGGUCCAAUUUGAGCCUUCGCAAAAGGUGGUUGACAACUCUAUUUCAUGUAAUUCUAAAUUCUCAAAUGAUAAAUAUUAAAAUGCAAUCUUAUAUGAUUUGUUGUCAUUAUUUAAACCUUUUAGGGUCAAUUUGUUGCAAAUUAAGAUUCUCCAGAGUUUUGGAAAUUUACAUUUUAAUAUUUUCUUAUCAUUGCCUGCAAUUAGGAAAGAAAAAUCUUAAUUAACGAAAAUGCAAUAAAUUGAAAUUCAAAACUUUAAAUAGCAACAUUUUAAACUUGAUGCUCAAAAAUACUUUUCCAAAAAGUUUUACUAUUUGUUAUCAUUGAUGAUAAUUACGUGUGACAAAUUUCAAUUGAAAUAUUUAAUUUUAUUAUUUUUAAUAUUAAAAUUCUAAGAGUAAACCUUUUAAUGGUAGCCAUUUGGCAUGUAGGUCUCACCAAUGAUUAUUUACCAUUGAUGACAAAUUACAUUUUGCUUCUUUGAACUAGAGAGUAUUAAAGUGCAAUAACUCAAUCAAUUAUACAACAUGAUAUAUACUAUGCUUAUAAAGAUAGGUUUACAAGAAGAUGAAAACUAAUGACUAAUCAUUAGUUUAAGUACUUUAGCUAAAAUUCAUUUUCUAAUUAUGAACUUAUUUUUAGUCUGACCUUCUCUUGCUGUUGCAGAAUCUUCUCCUAACCAUGAUUUAAUCAUAGUUAAAAUGUCGCCACUCUUUUUCUUAUUUUGUGAUAGUUUAACAAUAUAUAUAAUAUAUAUAUAUAUAUACAACUUAAACACUUUUUUGAAUGUAGGCAUUCCAGCGGCUGUGGUUGGAGCUGUGCUAAUUUUUGCUAUAAUUCUGUUUAUCUAUAAGAGAAAAACAAUGAUCUUUUGGAAGAAAAAAAUAGAGAGGAUUUUGAUGUGGAGGCAUUUAUAAGGAAUUAUACUAGUACUUCAUUUGCCCCAAUGUCGAUACACUUAUUCAUGUCAAUAAAAUGACGUUUAUAAAGGUUUAGUUGUUUAUCUAUUUUCUCAGAUGUAUUCGUCUGCCAUCCGAACACAGGUUGGUUAUUUAUGUGAAAAGAUUUGAUCUGUAGGUCCCUAGCACUAUGCCAAGAGAGUUUACCACCUAAACAUUUUUGAGUUUAUAUUAGUAAGUGUCAAUUACAUAAUGAUUAUAUGCCAUUAUUUUUGUCCCUUGGAUUAAAAUGAAAAUAUGAAUGAGUGGCUUAAUUGAAAAGUUGAGCAAAAACAUAGAAGAGGAUUUAAAGCCUCUUGGAAAUAUGGAACCAACAUUACAUGAUUAAACUAACAUAGACGCAUACUUCAAUUAUAUAACACGAUAUCUCCUCUGUUUAGAAAGACAGAGAUAUAUAAAAAAAUGGAACCUAAUGACUAAGGGAGUUACAACGGUACCUCAAAUUCAUUUUCUAUUUAUCUAAUUUGCUAAAUUUUAAUUUUAUCUUUUUCUUGCAGCAGCAGCUGAAUCAUCUUCAAAGCGCAAUUUGGUCAUAGGCAUUUCAGCGUCUGCGGUUGGAGUUUUGAUAGUUUUUGCUAUAAUUCUAUAUAGCUAUAAGAGAGAAGCAAUGAUAUUUUGGAAGAGAGACAAUAGAGAGGAUUUUGAUGUGGAGCCAUUUAUGAGGAAUUAUAGUUCAUUUGCACCAAAGCAAUACAGAUAUUCAUAGGUCAAGAAAAUGACAAACUCAUUUGCAGAAAUAAUAGGGAAAGGAGGACAUGGUUGUGUAUACAAAGGAACACUACCUGAUGGUCGCCUUGUUGCAGUGAAACUUCUAAAAUAUUCCAAAAGCAAUGGAGAAGAUUUUAUAAGUGAAGUUGCUAGCAUUGGUAGAACUUCUCAUAUUAACAUGGUCAAUCUUCUUGGGUUUUAUUAUGAGAGGAAUAAGAAAGCCUUGAUUUAUGAGUUAAUGCCUAAUGGUUCACUUGAUAAAUUCAUAUUUAAUCAAGAAGAUGGGAGUACAACCAGGAGCCUAGAAUGGAAUACAUUGUAUGAAAUUGCUCUUGGUGUUGCACGAGGACUAGAAUGCUUGCAUCGUGGCUGUAACACAAGGAUUUUGCAUGUCGACAUAAAGCCUCAAAACAUUCUUUUGGAUGAAAAUUUUUGUCCAAAAAUAUCAGAUUUUGGUCUAGCCAAAUUAUGGUUAAACAAGGAGAGUAUUGUAUCAAUGAUGGGUGCCAGAGGAACUGCAGGGUAUAUAGCACCGGAAGUAUUCAGUCGGAAUUUUGGUGGUGUGUCUCAUAAAUCUGAUGUUUAUAGUUAUGGAAUGUUGGUUCUUGAAAUGGUUGGAGGAAGAAGGAAUAUUGAUCCUAGACCUUCUCAUACUAGUGAAAUUUACUUUCCUUAUUGGAUUUAUGAAGAUGUGGAAUUGGGUAAAGAUUUAAGAGUCUUGGGAGUCACAACAGAGGAAGAAAAAGAAAUAGCAAGGAAGAUGCUAUUAGUGAGCUUUUGGUGCAUUCAGACAAAUCCAUCAGAUCGACCACCAAUGAGUAAGGUUGUAGAUAUGCUAGAAGGAGACCUUCAACAUGUCCAGAUUCUACCAAAGCCAUUCUUGUUUUCUCCAGCAAGAUCCCCUCAACAAUCCACAGAAUCAUCAUAAUAAUUUAUUAGUUAUUUUCUUUUCCUAUGUGUUGCCCAUUUUCUUUCUUUUGUAAUAGAUUUAUCAUGCUUUAGGGUCAGCCUUAUGUUUGGUUUCUUUCAGUUCCAUAUCCCGGAGAUGGCAAAUGAAUUUGAAUGUUGAUCCCGCUUGAUCUAGCUUUGAGGGCUACAUCUCGUAUAAGCUGGACAUCUAAAAUUUUUUGUACAGACCCUUGGCAAAUUGGAAAUUUCAAAUAGUAUUUUUGAUUUU